GCGAUAGGAAGAUAAAUAACUAAUCAAUUUUAAAAAAUGUUUUUUCAGAAGGGAGGAUACUGUGAAUCGUUCACAGUUCAUGCUUUAAAAUAUUAAUUGCCUCAGUAUCUUUUGGUAUAGCAGCAAGUGGCAGAUAGAGUUUUUUCAACAUAAGAUGUAAAAAUAUUUUUCUGAUUAGUUUGUUAUCUUUUAAACGCCAACAAGAUGAAAGCCAAAACCAAACGAGGUUACGAUAAUAAAUCGCAUCGGCAAUGCGGGCUGUCGUCUGCUACCGGGGCGCUCGGCUCUUUCAUCAUCUCCUAGCACGUAUAGUGACUGGCGUCAGAGGUAUGCUCGAAAGAAACCUGAGAGUCGAACCUGCUGUGUCGUGUUUUAUUCACUAAAAGAUGACCCUUACAGUGUGCUCCAGAGUACUUUCAGGAUAUAGACAUCUAUGUAAAUUUACAGUAGUAAAGCAAACAACACCAACUAGCUCCGAUUCUCGCAUUUUUUGUAGUCAAGCAAGUCGCCUCGUCCAAAGUUAUGAUUUUUCAGAACGGCUAUCAUCUGCUAAGCUGAUUGAUGGAAAAGCCAUUGCUAAAGAAAUCAAGGAUGAAGUCAAAGCAAAGGUACAAAAACUUAAGGAUGCUGGAAUGCGACCUCCACAGCUCACAGUUUUGUUGGUGGGUGACAAUCCAGCCAGCACAGUGUAUGUAGCAAAUAAAAUCAAAGCAGCACAAUACACAGGUAUUGAGAGUAACACAGUCAGACUGCCGAUCAGCAUUACAGAGCAAGAAUUGUUGGCAGAAAUUCAGCUCAUGAACAGCGCCCCUUCUGUUGAUGGAUUGCUUGUUCAACUUCCUGUGCCACAACAUAUUCGGGAAAGGGUAGUAUGUGAUGCUGUAGCACCACAGAAAGAUGUAGAUGGUUUUCACAUUCUUAACAUUGGUCGUUUUUGUGUGGAUGAAAAGUCAUUUAUGCCAGCAACACCAGCAGCAGUGAUGGAAAUCAUUCGUAGAAGUGGUGUAGAAACAUUUGGGAAAAAUGCUGUUGUCUGUGGUCGAUCUAAAAAUGUUGGUCUUCCCAUUGCUAUGUUCCUGCAUGGUGAUGCAUCACAUGGCAAUUAUGGAGGUGAUGCUACAACAACCAUUUGUCAUCGACACACACCUCCUGAGCAGCUUAAACUAUUUACAAAGUCAGCAGACAUUGUCAUUACAGCUACUGGAGUUCCCAAACUGAUUACAGCUGAUAUGGUAAAGGAGGGAGUUGUGAUUAUUGAUGUUGGCAUUACACGUGUACCACAUCCACAUGAUCCUGGGAAAACUGUACUGGUUGGCGAUGUGGAUUUCGAAGGUGUUUCCCAAAAGGCAAGUCUCAUCACACCAGUACCUGGAGGAGUGGGUCCAGUCACAGUGGCAAUGCUGAUGAAGAACACGCUGCUGGCCUAUACAAAAGAAAUCAAGUUUCCACUUCACAACUAAGUAUGACCUACAGUCAUGGCUAUGCGAACUGUCUAUGACAAAGAAAAGGGUGUACAUGCUGGUCAUGUCACUGCACAACUGUGUUUUGCCUCUUAGAGAAAAGUUGCUGUUGUCAACACGUGAAAGCUGCUUUUCUUGAAUAUUGUUGGUUACAUUCUGAAAUGAAAUGGAGAGUAUCUGAAUUACACCUACAUUAAAGUAAGAAACAUAAAUUUCAGUUUAUAAACAUUUUGAACAAAUAUAAUUUUAACUUGGAAUAAUGCAGAUGAUAGACUUUCCUAAAUAAAAAAUUAGUUUUUUUGUGUUAAGAACAGGAUAUAUUUGAUAAUAACAUUUCAGCAUAUAGAUAGCCGUUACUAUUUUUUUAAGAUAAAAAGUUUUUUUGUUAAAUUGAGGCCUUAUCAAGUUAAAGUUUGUUUAUAUUGCUCUUGCUAAUAAAUACAUUGCUUUUAUUUUUCUGUGCGCAUCAAUACCACACAUGCAUCUGAAAGCAUUGCCGGGUAGAACCUUCACAAAUAUUGACUGAUAACAUACUUCGAAAACAUUGAUCAGAAGUGUACCAAAGAAAAAAAUCACAAAUGUAAAUGUAGGCUGAAUGGUAAUUAAAACACAGCUUUCACUGAUUCAGGAAUUCAUGUUAAGCAUAUUCAUCUUUGCAGUGGCAACCUCUCUUCAUUAAGUUCAUGACUAUAAAAUGAAAUUGUGCCAUAUUCAAGACUGUCAUAAAAUGUAGUUUUGUUUGCUUGUUUAUUUUUUACAGCUUGUGAUUUGAGUGUUAACAAAUAUGGCAAAUAUGGAAAGAACAAAUGUCACCUUCCUUUCAUUCUUCUCCUUGCUGAUGUUUCUAUCCCAACCCUUCACUCACAAACAACUGCAAGACCUUACCAGUAGACUGACUGACAGUGAAUGCACAUGGAAUGGACACCAGCACUGAUAAGAGUAAAGUCAUAGUCUUUGGCAAUGGUAAAGCAGAUAUCUACAUGAGUACAGCUCAAAGAGGUAAACAGCUUACUUGUGAGGCACCCUCUUCAAAGACAACAGUUCCGUAACAGAUAUCUGCAUUAGGAUUGCAACAUGGCUAUGCUAGAUGGGAUCUGUACUAGUCACUCGCAGUACCAUUGCUGCUUUAUGGAUGUGAAACAUCGACUCUGCUCGCAGAGAGAGUCUAGGAAUUCAAGAGCAAGUGUCUGAUAAGGCCAUUCUAGAUCUUGCACAGGAAAGAAAACCAAUGACUUUGUAUGAAUCUUGGUUGCCACACUCAUAGACACCAGGAAACCUUACUUGCAACAGUCCAGCAAUAUAACCUGGUCUGAUUUGGUCAUGUGACCUGGCAUGACACUGUCCAAGACUGUUCUUCAAGGUACCUUGGAGGUUGGUCGAUGCUGUGGUGGCCAGAGGAAGAAGAUUUGGUUUACAAACGUGGAGUGGACUGGUCAGCCUGUGCAGGACCUGAUUGCUAUCACCCAAGACAAAUGUGGAUGAUGGGCCUUGUUAGCUGUCAUGUCUAUCUGUGUGCUCCGCUCACCGACCAGUACGAGUCAAGGGACAUAUUUCCUGGCAGACUGACUGACCUACAUUCACUUUCUCCAACAUCCACUGUAGUAAUAAUUUUUUCUAUAACUGCCGUUUAAAGUAUACUUCCUUCUGUCCAUCUCUGUCAUUUGUUUUCAUGUAAAUACAUCUCACAGUUUGUGGAUGUCUUCAUAGAUGUCAAACCAUAUCUUUCUCAUGUAUAGUGGUCUUCAGUGGUAACAGAUCUUUGAAACUAAAUGUCAAUAAGAUAAGCUAGAGAUGCAUAUAUACUUAAUAAUAUCACUCUUGAACAAGACUAACAAAUGUGCCUUCUGUGUAUGUGUGUGUGUUUUGAUGUGUGUAUGCACAUGCACCUCUUGAUGAUUAUUGCUAUGUAAGGAAGUGGAGUUAAAAGUGUAACAAUUGUAUGGGUGUUUGGGAUACAACUUCAUGUUGUUUAGUUCAUGAGCUCCCAACAAAGAAAAAUUUCCAUCUCUGUUGCACAGAAAUAGGCAAUAACGAUGUAUUAUAAAAUGUUGGUCUUUGAAGAUUACUUUUUUGUGAUAUGCUCUUAUUGCUGCUUUGUUUUAUUAUUACAGGGACUUAAAGUUUUCUUGUGGUCAUUGGUGACAAACCUAUCAAAGCAUGUUAAAAUUAAAAUAAAUUAGCUUUUUCCAUGUCUUGGAUUCAGUGUGAUCAAAAGAAAUUGUUCAAAGAAUCUCUAUCUUGUCACGAACAUGUUUUAUAUUCAUAUUUUUUUUAUAAAUGCAAAUGUGUAGACAAGUAGACAGAUAGACUGGCUUCUCUAUUGUAGUGUGUAUGUGUGCAUGCACGUGUACUUGUGUGAGGGUGGGGUCAGAUUAAGGACAUCUGAUCACUUCAGAUGUAUUAACGUUCAUAUUAUUCUGGAAUGAUUCAAGCUAAUUCUCAGUGAUUAGUGUCUUUGAUGUCUUUUUUUUAAUGUUUAAUAGAGGGAUCUGUAUUUUGACAAGAAUUUUUGAUAAAGAAAUUGAGAUAAUUUAGACUAAAUGUAUUUCAUCUUAAGAAGAAAAGGUCAGUCUGCUUUGCCUUCAAGUUCAAGGCCAGCUAUUAUUUAUAUUUUUGUGAAUGAUUUAAGACUAUUUUUUACGUUUCUUGUGAGAAGUUGAAAUCAAUAUUUCUAAGAAUCUUUUGAAGUAGGAAAAAUGAGAAAAAGUGUUACAUAGUUCAGAAACUCAGUGUUAAUGAAGGAAUGUAGGUACUUGCUGGAUUAAAUGCUCAUCAUACUUAAUGACUUCUAAAGGUGUGGCAUAUUGACUUUUUACAUUCACUAGCAUAAUUAACUGGAAUAAUUGCAUUUUUAUACAUUGUAAUCAUAAUACCCAAAUACUAGCUUUUUCUCAUUUUUGCAUUAAUAUCCAUAUGUUUGAGUGAACAACGGUGAGGGUGAAGGAAGGUGGAUGUAUGUUGGUGCACUCCCUUUUAUUUAUGCCUACAGCUACAUGUGAGUAAAGUGAAGGAGGCAGAGCUGACUAAAACAUUUCCUUAUAUGUCCAUGUUAUAUAAAGCAUCUUUUUGAAUAGGUGCAGUUGAACCAAACUGUGAUAAGAAAUGAAAAACUGUCCUAAAAAAGCUAUUUUUUAAAAUAAUGAUCACAAUUAAUAUAUUUCAGGAUCAGUUCACAUACUGUUGUAGUCAGUUGUUUUCAUAUUGCUUAUCUUCACAGUGAUGUGAAUUGCUUGUUGCACAAAAGUACAUGGAACGGUUGCUUGAAAGAUGGAUCAAUAUGUGCUUUAUAUGAGACAGGUGUUUGACAUGUGGAAGUGGUUGGAGCAGGUGUCUUUCAAAAGAAGAACUUUUAAAAUAGUACCAAACUAUUUUAAAGUAUAUGUAAAGAUCACACCAUCUAUUUAAAGAAACGGCAUCAGUAUUAACACCUAAUCCUCCUCUUUAUCAGUAAUGUAAAUUUAUAAUCUGAGAGUAUCUGUUUGUUGUUGCUUCACCAUCUCUAUUACAACAGAACUAACCUGUCAUUUUCUUCUUGAAUAAGCAUUGUUUCAGUAAACAGUUUGACAACAUGGAGUAGGAACUGUAAUGCACUGCUGGCAGAAGAUAUCUUUGGAAUGAAUGACAUGAUAAUAAAUGAAAUGAGACCAAGAGCAGCAGUAGAAACGCAUAUUCAGUUCAGUUUUCCUUUGCAGAACUGAAAACUAUGGAAACUUGUUUGUAUUUAUGUCUCAUAUGUGUUUACCUGACCAUAGCUUAGAUUGUAUAAAAUUUCUUGAUGUUCAGGAGGGACCAGGGUCAUGUAUUUGUUGCUAAACCUUACACUGUCGCUAGUGUUUACAAAUAGAAGGACAGUUAUUGAAAUAGACUGAAUUCAAAAAAGAGCGAACACAGUAUACCAUGGUUAUAAGUGGAUAGUGUUUAUAGUAGACGUUCACAGUAUUACACAGCAUAAUGUGUACUUGGAAGAGAAUAUUGCAUGAUCAAAAAUUUUAAUGGAGUGCAAAAGUAAAAAAUUAAUUUUUUCAGAAAUAUUCAAACCAUUGUCACCUGUAUAACUUUCUUGCAGCAAGAAAGUUUACUGUUAUUUGUUGAAAAUGACGCAAGAUAAUAAUUAGAUUGUGUAACUAUUCCAGAAAGCUGAUCUUGGUAAUAAACCUACACAACUGUCAUGUUUUUUUGAACAAAAUGAUCAGAACGUCACAAAUUUACCUAUGUAAUUGAAUUGAUGGUGCUGAUUUGAUGUACUCAAUUGACAGGAGAGCAGUCAGCUGUAAUUUUACGUUUAGUGCAGCAUUUUCAUAGCAGACUAUGUUAUAAAGCCUGAAUAAAUUUGUCAUUUUUUAUGCAUCAGGCUAUCACAUUAAGCUAGUGAUGUGUGGCACCAUUGCACCAUUGAAAAUGGAAUCAUUCACUGACGGGUCUGGAAUCUCAAGGAUAUAAGAGUCGUGACUGAUUUUGACCACAUUCUGCAAAAGAUUUUAUGUUCCUGAUGGACUGAUGUUCAAAUGUAUUGAAGUUCACCAUCUCUGAUAGCAUUUUAAUGAUAUUGAUCAUGCACAUUGAAUUUAUUGAACAACACUUUAAUUCUUUUCUGUCACUCAGUGAAUGUAGUGUGACAUUUUGACAUAAUACUCAUCAUCUGCUCGCUUUUCCCACUUCAGUACUUAAAACCUCACAAACAGAAAACACAAGGACCAGUAAAUUUCCACCUUCUGUUAUGUAACUCAUUGAUUAUAAAUGCUGUGGGUUUUUUUUUUAAAUAUAACAUGUGAUAUUUAAAUGUUUUCAUUAAAAAUCUGAUGAAGUGAUUGUCAGUUUUAGUAACUCACCUGUCUUUAUCAUCUAGAAACGUUUCUUAGAAGCAGGUUAACGAACUUUUUUUAUGAAGCCAUAGUGUUCAAGAGUGAUUAAGAUCACAUUUGACGCAUUUUAAAGAAGCCUAACAAAUUCUAGGUCUGUUUCCAGGUAGCUAAAGGUUAAUGGCUGUACGUACAUUAUAUACUUUCAAGCUGUUCUCAUAUAUUGUUCAUAUUUUGUGGUGGUAAGUUUAUUUUCUUUAUAUUCGUCAUUUUCAAAGCUAUUAGUUUUAGUCAUGUAGACUUGUAUUUUACAAGAUAUUGAUUUUUAUCCUUUCGUGUUGAUUUGGAUGGGUUUCUCUUGAUUUUUUUUUAAAGUUUUUUUUAAUAUUUUAUGUUUCGGUAAAGUGAGUAAGAGCAACGUUUGAUGACUUAAUAUUGAUGCUAGGUCAAUGUCAUUAUCUAUUAAUGAUGUGCACGUGAAAGACCGUGAGUAAGAGUAGAUCUACUCGAGUAGAACUCGAGUUAUUAAUCCAAACCCAGAAUUACGGGGCGCACGCGCGCACACACACAGUCUAAUAUGUCCCCAGCAUGUAUGGAUUAGUAGGGAAACCUAAAAUCUACAACAGAAUACUGUAUCUGAGCUGAAAUAAAGAUUUGGAAAAGGGUG